AUGUCUGGGACCGGAGCGAAGCCCAAGGCUCAGCCUCCACCUCAAAAAGGUAAAGUGGCGGCCAAUCGACAAAAUCGAACGGCCGAGCCAGAAGUACAGGAACGAGGGAAGACAAGAGCUACGGGGGCGGUGGACUUAGACGAAGACGAACAAGAAAUAGGCGACUCAGAAAAAGGGAGGUCUUACCUCGAAGAAAAAUUGCUCCUCGUCCCAUCGGGCGCUCCGCUCACUCUGGGAACGCUCGCUACGACACUACACCAGAUUGCGGCCUUGCCGGGGGUCACCCUCCCUGUAAUCAACGCAGUCCGCGCGGUCGCUUUCCUGCUGAGGGAAGUCGAGCUAGGGGCAGUAGCAGAAGACAUCAGGGACAUCGCCAACGCACAGUUUAACGAUAUGACCACGGAUUUGAGGGAGUUCACGGAGGGGCUCAGGGUGAAAGUCAUGGAGGAGCUGGAGAAGAAGACGGAGGUGUUGAAAGAGAGAACAGUGGAACUGGCAGAGGUGGUCGAAAAGGCGGCACAACAGGCGGGGAACGCAGCCAACUCCCCGUACAGGGACGCGCUGCACAGGGGACUCUCUGGGGCGCCGAUGGAUGCUAACCCCCGUCUAGCUGCAAAGGAAAACAUCAGACAACGCCAAUCGCUAGUCGACAUACCACAAGAAUCCAGCCUCAGAAAUUGUGCUAACCUAGUCCUGGUGGGCAAAUUCUCCGAGGCGAUGGGUAAGGCGACAGAGCAAAAACACAAGGUCAGGUCGGCACUAAAGCUUCAAAACGGCGGGAUCUUGGUCGAAAUGGCUCACAUAUGUUAG